CUCGAUCUGGACCACAAACCGUGUCUAUGAUCUGGUCUGAUUUGGUCCGAACCCCACCGUUUCCCACCCCUAAACCUAUAGGAGGAUAGUAAGGCAACCUGUUUCUGAUGGGAAUUACCGAAUUAAACUCUGCAGUCUGCAUCCUAAUUGGUGACCAGUUUAAAACCCUAGAAACUCAAAUUGUACGGGUCCUCCAAAUUCCUCGCUACUACAACACCAAAAUUGUUCCCCAAAAGAUCAGUAUCCAGAAAGCGAAAACUGUCCCAUCUGUUUUUCUUGCGCCUAACGGAGAUGGCGGAUAUCCCGAAGACUGUAAUCUAUCACGAAAGGCAAAGGCUGCAGUUCUGCCUGUUACACGCUCUCAACAACCUCUUCCAGCAAAAAGACGCAUUCACUCGGCCCAGCUUGAAUUCCAUUGCAGAGAAGCUGAUACUGGAUGAUCCCAACAAGCAAGGCUGGACGCCAUUUUCCGUUGUCUUCAAGCCCCACCACAAUGCUUUCACCGGGAAUUACGACAUCAAUGUCUUGAUUUCCGCCCUGGAAGAGAAAGGCAAGACCGUGGUUUGGCACGACAGGCGAAAUGGAGCUUCCACCAUCGACCUCGAGGACCCUCAGGGGAGUCUUUACGGUAUUGUGCUCAAUGUCCCUGUUAGACGCUACGUUGGAUUGUGGAAAGGCAGGCACUGGGUGGCCAUGAGAAAGAUUGAUGGGGUUUGGUAUAACCUGGAUAGCGAUCUUAGGCACCCUGUCGCUUUUGAAGAUAGUGAGGAGGUUAGGGGGUUCUUGGAUUACGUUAUAAGUCAUGGCUCCGAGGUUUUACUUGUCAUGAACCAUCAAGAUUAGUGUUCUUUCCCCCCUCCUUUUUUCCUUCUUACUAUUACAUAUUCUGUUGUAGUGUCAUGAUGAUUGAUGUUCAGGGUAUGCCUAGGUGUGCACUUUGAAUACGUGUCUAGGUGUGUUCCUCUUCUUUUGUAACUAGAUAGCCCUAAAGGGUGCAGAGUAUCUUGGGGGUUUCAACUGUGUGUUGAUGUUUACAUUUAGUAUGUACCACUGUUGCACACUAAGGGAUGGUGGAAAGGCUCUUUCCUAAGUCUAUUCUUUUAGAAGGCUGUAAGCCAUUCACUUUGCUUGUUUUGGCCCCAGGUUUUUAAACAAGCCAUGACCUGUCAUUCUCCUUAUCACCAGUUGAAAAGUUACUGUCCAUUAGUUCCAUCAUGGAGGUCAACUAGAUGCAUUGCUUGCCCCUUUCAGGAUGGGAAGUAUGGUUAACUUGAUGAAUCAGUGGUUACAGAUAUGUUUAUGUCUCUUGGUAUGUAUUUCCGGCGUCAUUACAGCGCAUCCCAUGUCUUAGUGAAAUGCAUUUGAGAUGUUGAAUGCCAAUUGUUAGCCAGGAAGUGGUUCUAAGCUGCCAAAUGCACACCACCGCAUCCAGAUUCAUCUUGAAACUGCUUCUGUUUAUCUUGCAAAGCUGGUUAGCUAGAUAGUGCCAUUUCAGCCUCCCUCCUGUCGUCCAUCAAAGUUGGCUGCUAGCUUUUUGUUGUUUUCCCUUGUCAAAGUCUACUGUGAACUCUUUUUCGCACAAAUAUGCAGCAACCCUAUAUCUACUUACUAAAGAUCAGUAGGUAGU